AUCUUUCAACCAACCAACCUUGGGAACUUGGUUGGCCUGUUCCCUGGUCGAGUCAUCCAAGCACGCCAGACGGCAGGCUAGCAAUAUCUAUCCGGACGUGAUGCGACUCGGUCUCCCCGUUUCCCAACACCGUGGCAUAGAUCUCUUUUUCAAUGGUUUGCAAUUGGUGAUUAACAGGUCGUUGUCAGCCCGUUGCCCACCGUUUGCAACCCAACGGUGGUCCAAUUCGGGUGAUUUACGAUGCGGUCCAGACCUUCUUUUUGUUUGCGGCCCAGCCAGCCUCGCGACAAGGUCGUGUCGCACUUCAUCCAACCAUUCGCCUCGAAACCGACCUUCCGUUUCUGGGAGACCAGUUGGUCUUUGCACUCGCGGCAGCCUUGCUGAUUGUCCGCACAGCGCACCACAACGGGUUCAGGGGCAUUCACGAUCCGAUGCCUUGGUGCUGAACGGCUCCGUCUACAUAGUAGGUUGCACGUAUCCUGUUGUCAACCGUGGACGAAACAAUAAGCUAUCACGGCGUAUGCAUGAAACCGAUACAGGGCUUUUGCCUUUCAAUGUGGCACAGAAACGAACGACGGGCGGCCUUGCGCAUCAGUGUUGUGCACCUUCCACAAGCUUGACCUGAAUUUCUACAGGCUGGACUCUUCAAACUAUUAUCCUAUCCAAUGGACGCUAGAACACUAUUCGUGUAGACGAGGGCGCCGUGGUUCGACUUGCUACGUCCAA